AUGUCUUCUCUUCUUAAAUCAGUCGUUUUCCUAGCACUUGUCUCUUACUCCUGCGCUGGAAUUCUUUCAAGAGUCAAACGCGGAUCUUACGGUCCACCAAGCAACUACUCACCACCUGAAAGCCAGUACGGACCUCAAUACGGACAACAACAUGGAGGCUACGGUAGACCAAGUAGCUAUGGAAAUGGUGGAUACGGUAGACCACAGCAAUAUGGUCCAGGAAGUGGUGGUUAUCAGCAAGGAGGAAACUAUCCAGGUGGCGGAUUCCAAGGGCAAGGAGGCUUCCAGGGACAGAAUGGUGGAUUCCAGCAAGGCGGAGGACCUGCCUUCCAAGGUGAUCAAUCUCAAUUCCAAGGCGGACCACAAACCGGAGGAUUCCAACAAUCUCCACCAGUUCCACAACCAGGACAAUCUGUUCCAGCUGUCCCAGGAGCCACAAACCCAGACUACUCUACCGUAGGACAAACCGCACCAGUUGCUGCGCCAGGAGCCGGAGAUGCUGGAUUGUUCGGCGGAGGAUCCCCGACUGGUGGAUUUGAUGACCCAGCUUUGGCCGCUGAUGCUAAGCCAGCAGGAAAGGCCACUGCUGAUCAUGUAACAGAAACUUCUUCUGGAGCUUCGAGAAAGUGA